AUGGUGUGCCCAUCGGGGACUCCAGACGUUGCUGAGUGCAAGGGUGACCAUGCAACCAAAUGCAUUCCUGUCGGUUCGCUGCUAUCCGGAGACGCUAGCAACAUUAAGUGGGAGGACUUGAGCAAGAUUAAUGAGCAAUGCACGCAAAAGGUUUUGACAAUCCCGAAAAUUAACUUUCCAUACGUCGAUGAAGGGUUCGUUGUCGGGUGCGUUGCAAGCGAGCAAAGCAAAUGCACCGUGAAUGUGGCAAUCAGUGCACGGGCUACAGUGACAGAGGACAGGACAGUCAAGUGUGCAUACGGAACGGGCAGCAAUGCCAAGCAUCACGAGAUCAGACUCAGCCCAUCUCAAAACAGCUUCACCAUAAUGUGCGGGGACAAAGGCGAGGUCCUGCCGACGAACUACAGCACAGCAUUCUGUCCUAUUCUGGACAAGAAUGCAGAUGCCAAAACGGAAUGCAGCGAAAGCUAUACAUCUGUUCUUCCCGCAUAUACGGAGGGCUGGUGGAAGACGGACAGCCAGAACUCGUUCGUUCUUACCAUCCCGUCCGAUAAGUUCCCGGAAAACGAGGCGAAGAUUAUGGUGGGAUGCCAGAAAAUGGACAAGGUGGCCGAGAAGAAAGAACCGACACCCGGUCCCACCUCCAGUGUUUGUAGUGUCGAGGUGACCAUCGAGGGCUCUGGGGCGCCCAGUUCAUCUGCGACGGUAUCACCAGGGAUCCUUGCCGUCAUCGUCCUGGUUGCAGGAGCAGCGAACGCUAUUUCCUCGAAGUCUUACAUUGUCUAG